AGAGCGGCCCGGGGCAGCCAUGAGCGGCUGGGCCCGCCCCCUUCUACUCCUGCUGGCUGGGGCCUGCGGCCUCGCCCUGCUCGGCUACGGCGUCUACUUCGACCGGCAGCGGAGAAACGCCCCCGACUUCCAGCGGAAGCUGCGGCAGAAAAGAAGAAAAGAACGUGAAAAAGCUAAAGCGCGUGAUGUUGAGUUAUGUGAGAUGAAAAAUAUUGGAAGGGUACGAGAAUUCUUUCUGCAAGAGGUGCAGCUGGGAGAACACUGGUUAUCUAGAGGAGAACAUAAGAAGAGCGUGGAGCACCUCACUAAUGCUAUUUCAGUGUGUGCACAACCACAUCAGCUACUGCAGAUUUUGCACAAUACACUACCACCACAAGUCUUUGAGAUGCUUAUGCAGAGAGUACCAUACGCAAAACAAGUACGUAUACUUUUAAAAGAUUAAAGAGGAACUAUUGGUGUUACGUGUGCCGGACACUAUCUAGUCAGCAAUAUACAGUGAAAUAGAUUGGGAGCUUGCAGUUUGUUCUGUAGAGAACCAUUGCUUGUACAGUAAAUGGUUGUACAACUAGAUCUCAAUUUUUAGAAAUUGUCAUUGAUUUUCUGCACUUUGGAACUCUGAUUCCUGUGGCUGCUGAGGUAAAUUGUUUAAGCCAUAAAUUGUCAGGAAAGGGCAAUAUUUAAUAAGAAAGGAAUCAAUA